AUGUCGAAGAAGCAAGGCGCGCAGGGACUUGAGACGUCGCCUGAGCUUUCCUUCAUAAAACAGGGACAUCUUAACUUGCUCAUUCAUACAAAAGACGGGGAACAGCGACUUGUUCCAGUAGAUUCUUUGGCCUUCAUUGAUGACCCGCAAUUGGUGCGUAGCCGGACGAUGGAUCAGGUUAAUUUCAACAGUGAGUGCAUCUUCAAGGUCACUCUUGACUUCAGUGAGCCGAUUCCGUGCAUAGAGGAGACAGCGGUUCGGGAGAUGACCGAUUGGGUAUUGUGUUCCUGCAAGGGAAACAAUGCUUUCUACUCACCGGUAGAGAAACGGUUGAUCUUGCAGAGCUGUACAGUGUGUCUGCAAAGCAACGUCCGAGCGCUAGUUGACCCGUUUGUUGUUAUGCUGCUUUAUAACGAGGAAGGAUGGGUAGUGGAUCGUGUUCUAAAAUAA